GUUGUUUCCAGGUUCGCGGAGUUUUAUUUGCGUUCUGGGCAGGUCCGGGUGAGGAAUAUGGACGAGAUGGACGGAGAGCUCGGCUCAUUUGAUCCCAGCACACCUGAUGAGGGCCCAUCGCCUUCUGGAUGGCCGGGGGACAUGGAUGGAUACCAGGACCAAGAAGGAGGAGACUCAUUUGAUCCAAACAUACCUGAAGAGGGACCAUCAGCGCCCCCUCCUGGAUGGCUGGAGGACAUAGAUGGAUACCAAGGGCAUAAAGGAGGUCCAGAGGACGACGAGCCGCUGUACCCCCCACCCCCCGCCUACAACCCCCAGCCUGAGGUCAACAGGAGCACCUCGGUCCCCACCAUCCGAGUCCCGUCCAUAUCGGAGGACAUGGCCCGAGACGCUUUGCUCAGGUUUGUCGAGUCCAAAUGGAAGUACAGCUCUAAACCGGCCCGGAACCUCACUUUCAAGGACCUGAAGCCCGUCACCGUCUACCGGUAUCGACUGGAGACGUACACUGAGACCAGAACCAGCGCCUGGCAGUUGGAGCCCUACAACGGCCAGGCGGUGGACGGCCCCCAGUACGGGGCGAGCCCCCCACCGUGGGACAUCCCGGUGUCGCCGCCGCAGAUGUACUCCAACAGGGUGGAGAAGAUCCGAGUGCCACACUCGUCCUUCGUGAAGGUGUGCCAUAAAUGCCAUGGCUGUGGGAGGACGCGCUGCAGCGGCUGCUUCGGCCGAGGAAUGAAACGCUGCAGCUUCUGCCACGGUAACGGGCGGGCCAGAAAAAAACGCUGCACUUCCUGUCACGGCCGAGGCCGCCGCAGGUGUGUCAGUUGCCGUGGAGACGGCUACAAGACCUGCUCUGUUUGCCACGGCGCCCAGAAGCUGCUGCACUUCAUCCAGCUCACGGUCACAUGGAAAAACAACGUGAGCUGCUUCAUCCCGGACCGCCAGCCGGACUUCCCAGACAGGAAGUUUGAGAAGGUGUCAGGCGACCCAUUCUUCAUCGACGAGAACGUUCUGGUGUAUCCAAUCCACGGCUUCCCUGACCAGGAGAUCUGCGACGUUUCAGCCAAGCUGAUCAACGAUCACCUGUAUCGCUUCACCUCCACCAGCCGCAUCCUCCAGCAGCGUCAGACCAUUGAGCUGGUGCCCCUCACUCACGCCUUUUACUCGUACGGCGGGAAGGACUACAGCUUCUACGUAUACGGGACAGAGAACAAGGUCUUCACUUCCAAGUAUCCCACCGCCUGCAGCAUUUUAUGAGCUCAGCAUGCAGA